GGACGAUGGAAUUUUCUUUAGACGACACUAAUUCGCAUACAGAUGCCCUGCACCUCACGGAUUGUAUAAUGAUCAGGGAAUAAGGAUCAUGGUCGGAUUAGGAAUCUGGGAACGCCUCGUAGGGAACCAUAAGAUAAAGAUGUCAUGUGGUAUCAAAGAUGAAGCAUUGGAAAACGAUUCCCUUUGCUUCAACCAGUGUUGGCGCUUUGUGAGGUAUCGACACGAUAAACGCAAGACAAACACUCCUCAACAACCAUGACUCUAGGGAAGAGCUUUAUAAAUGGCGUCGCCAACUCGGUCGAGCGAAGCCUCAGGAGUUGCAUCCUUCACGACUCUUCGUUGAGUCUCAUUGCAUCGGAGAAAGUUCUUUACCGACGAACGGACCAAAGCAAUGACAAAGUCAUCCUUAUCUCCGGCGGCGGCUCCGGCCACGAACCCGCGCACGCAGGAUACAUCGGCGAGGGAGCAUUAGACGUUGUGGUCGCUGGCGAGAUCUUUGCCUCCCCGUCCGCUUCGCAGAUCCUCACAGGCCUGCAGACUGUCAAGUCAUCAAAAGGAUCGCUGAUGAUCGUCAAGAAUUACACGGGCGACAAGCUGAACUUCGGGCUCGCAGCAGAGAAGGCAAAGGCAGACGGGCAAAAAGUUGAGAUGGUCAUUGUUGGAGAUGAUGUUUCCGUUGAGGGAAACACACUUGUUGGUCAGCGUGGUCUCGCAGGAACAGUCUUCUGCCAUAAGAUCGCUGGCGCAAAGGCAGCUCAAGGAGCCUCUCUCGAGCAGGUCGCUUCCACGGCAAGAAAAGCCGCCUCGCAAAUGGCCACCGUCGCAGCGAGUCUCGAUCGAUGUAGCGUCCCUGGCCGAACGAUUCAAGAAGCCCUUUCCCACGACCAAGUCGAAUUCGGCAUGGGAAUACACAACGAACCAGGAGUCAAGCGCGAAGAGAUCACAAGCCUCGAGGUUACAGUUGAGAAGGCAUUGAGCAUGAUGUUCACUCCCAAGAGCAACAUGUGGCAACCAGAAAGGGGGCAGCGUGUAGCCUUGAUGGUCAAUAACCUAGGCGGCUUAAGUGUCUUGGAGAUCGGUGUUGUUGCAGAUGAGGUGGUAAAGCAAUUGGUCGAACAAAGCAUUCAUGUCGAAAGGAGUCUUAUUGGCACCUUUGUUACAUCGCUCGAUGGACCUGGCUUUUCUGUCACUCUGCUGUCACUCGACGAUGAAUUGACAGAACUGCUUGAUGCUCCCACUACCGCACCUGUCUGGCCACGUUCAAUUCACGGAUGGGCGACAGAUACAGAGUCUGUAUCAAAGCGUGAGACGAUGGUCCCUGCUGCGAAGGCCAAUGGUAGGGAGACGGGAGUCAAAGUUCCGACGUCGCUUGUCAAGGUUCUCAUUGAAUCAGUGGCACGUACAACAGUGAGGGAUGAGCCCAAGAUUACAGAAUACGACACACUUGCGGGCGAUGGAGAUUGUGGAGAGACGCUUCUGAAUGGAGUCACUGGUCUCGUAAAAGAGUUCGAAAACGACGACGCAGUUUCCCUCGACAUUGGCCAAGUCUUCCGCCGAACAGCGACAACCGCAGAGAGGAGCAUGGGCGGCACGUCGGGCGCUAUCUACGCCAUUUUCCUCAAUGCUGUAGCGAACCGACUCUUCGAAUUGACCGCCGACUCUCCAUCGCUUACAGUCUCCGAGUUCAUACAACAAGCUCUUCAGAGCGGCUUAGACGAGCUAUGCAGAUACACCCCUGCGCGCAUCGGUCACCGCACACUUAUGGACGCACUUAUACCUUUCGUCAACAACUAUUCCCUGGAUGGCUCACUGAGGGCUGCUCUAGCAGAGGCGCGUAAGGGCGCUGAGAAUACACGGCAGAUGGUAGCGGCUCUGGGAAGGGCGAGCUAUGUUGGACAGGACAGGUUUGAUGAAGAGGGUGGUAUUCCUGAUCCUGGAGCUCUUGGUGUUGUAAUUAAGGCAGACCAGGAUGAAGAGCACUGUCCACCCACUAAAGAACGUCAGCACAAAAGGCAAUUGCGGAAGAAGCGUAAAUGCGAUGAGAGUCGACCGGCUUGCGGGACAUGUCGUCGUCGCAAUGAGUCUUGUGAAUGGGGUCUCAAGAUUGCGUUUCGAGCUGAGCAUGCCCAAUGCUUAAAUGUGCGGCAUCCUUCAAUGCGGAGGAUGGCGAGGAGGAGGCAGCCGAGGGAGUUUGAGAUUCUGGAUGUGACGGAUGAGGUCAUUCGUGAUUAUAAUGGUGCUGAGACAGAGGAGGAUGACAAUGAGACUAGUGAUGAUCGUGCACGGACGAGCACUUCUGACCGCUCAAAUCUCAUCGUCGGUGGAAGACCUCGCGGCGUAGACAAUACGCCAAGUGGCUAUGUCUCUAUACAACGACCCCCGGUCGUCGAUAUCUCAUCACCCACGUCACAGCGCCAAACCGAAAACGCAGUGGCCGACCUACUUUACUUCAGUCAAAACGGUCAAUCUCAUUCCUCGGUCGACAUUGAUCCUGCUUUACAGGUAUCCAUGGAGGCGGUCCCAAUUGACAUGAUAGCAGACUAUCCGUACAUCGACCAGAUGCAAGCAUUUACCCCUGAAGGCAUCUCCGAAGACGGUAUCUUUUUACCAGGCUCUGCAUACCACGAAUUGCACUCGACACUUCGUAAUCAUCUCAUACAGGAGACGCGGUCAACUGCGCCGACAAGAUCUACAACGCCGCAUAUAGAGGUUGAAAGCGCUUCAGGGGUUGUAUCAUCGGAAGAGGCUGAGGUCACGAUCCCAAUACAAGAAUUCCAGCCCUCGCAGGCACCGCUGCUCUCCCAGCAAGAGGAGUGCUCGCUAUGGAAGAACUAUUUUGACGAAAUUGCCCCCUGGCUUGACAAGUUCGACCGAGACCGCCAUUUCCAGCAGAUUAUCCCGACAAUGAGUAAAGACAAUGACCAUUUACGAUACUCAAUGCUGGCCCUCUCAGCACGGCAACUCGAACUUAAACAUACACUACCGACGAAUCGUAGCCUUACCCUCUACCAAGAAGCUAUUCAUAUGCUCCUCCCUCAUUUGCCAACACGCGGAACAGCUGUCAUUGCCACAUGUGUUAUCCUUUGCGUGUUGGAGAUGCUGAGCUGUUCGCCAAAAGCAUGGCAGCGACAUCUUGAUGGUUGUGCGAGUCUCAUGGAAGCUGUUGGCAUCAAUGGAUUUGUAGGAGGGACAGAACAAGCCCUGUUCUGGUGCUUUGCGCGUAUGGAUAUCUGCGGCGGUCUCAUAUCAUCUGUCAAGACGCUCAUCCCUAUCUGUCACUGGGCGUCUAAGACGUUAUCGAUCGAAAACGAUGUCGAGCUCUUUAAGAAUGCUCCAACAUUUGAGGACUGGGCUAACUAUGCUGUGUACCUCACUGCGCAGGUCCUUGAUCUGUUAGCUGCCUCCCCCACUGAUCCUAACCGCGAUGAAGCCAAGUUUCGGACUCGAUGGCUCAAGUUGUGGAAGUAUAUCUGUGAAUGGUACCAAGAGCGUCCAGCUCCAUUGCAUCCCAUCAUGACGAUCCCCUCGAGCGAGUCCUCGCCAUUUCCAACAAUCUUGUACUCGAACCCUGCUGCGAUGUCAGGAAAUCAAAUGCAUCACGCAGCAUCGAUUCUUAUGCUGCAGAACCAACCAUCAACAGUACGACUGGGUCAUGCUUCCAGACCAAGAAGCAUCCUUUGGCAUGCAAGACAAAUGCAUGAGCCAUCCAAGUGA